AUGGGCUGUCUGUAUAGUAAGGGGAAUGUUCGCUUUAUCACAGAUGGUAAAAUCUAUGACACAAAGGAAACAAGGAAACAAAAGGAAGAAACAAGGAAACAAAAGGAAAAGGGGAAAAAAAAUCUCAGACCACCAUCCUUACAAAAUGUGGGACACACAUGGCCCUCGAAGUUAGAGCUAUCCCUACAGCGCCUAUCACAAAAAGCACAGAAUGCCAGAAAGAUACAGGCCUGGUGGCGAGGCACCCUGGUGAGACGCACACUGCUGAGGGCUGCCCUCAGCGCAUGGAUCAUUCAAUGCUGGUGGAGGAGGAUACUGGCCAAAAGACAGGAAAAGAAUCGACUGAUGAUCCUACACGUGAUGGCACAAGAAACAAGGGCCUGUGUCCUUAUUCAGUCGUGGGUCCGGAUGCUGAGAAUCCGCCAGCAUUAUUGCAGGUUGUGCUAUGCCACCCGUGUCAUCCAGGCGUCAUGGCGCUGGUAUAACUGCCACACCCGUGGCUUUUUCCAGGGCAGCUAUGAACUUGUAGGAAACAAACUACGUCUACAGCUUGAUAUCUUUCUGGGAUCACAGGUUUGUCGUAUAUCAGACUGCAUAUCCUUGCCAAUAAAGAACUGA